CUACGACCAGAUAUAUUACAAUGUUAUGGAUAGUGUUCCUCUCUCUCUCCUCUCUCUCUCGUCCGCGAAAGCCGAGGAAGUAACAACAAAGGUCUGAAGCCCAACCGCCAAAGCUCUCUUCUCUCUCGGAUCUUGUUGUUUGGAGUCCAUUGGAUCUGAAUCCUGUCUCUUCCUCACGGGUGUUUAAAAAUCUCCUUUCCUAUUCCAUCCGAUCCGAUUCGAGAAGCUAUGACUCGGAGGUGCUCGCAUUGCAGCCACAAUGGGCACAACUCCCGGACGUGCCCCAACCGCGGUGUCAAGCUGUUCGGGGUCCGGCUGACCGACGGGUCGAUCCGGAAGAGCGCUAGCAUGGGAAAUCUCAGCCACUACGCUGGGUCGGUUUCGGGGCUCAACCAGACCGGGUACAACACUCCGGGUUCGCCCGGCGAGACUCCGGACCACGGUGUGGCCGCGGACGGGUACGCGUCCGAGGACUUCGUGCCGGGCUCGUCCUCGAGCUGCCGUGAAAGAAAGAAAGGCAUUCCAUGGACUGAAGACGAACAUAGGAUGUUUUUACUUGGACUACAGAAGCUUGGAAAGGGUGAUUGGCGUGGAAUAUCUCGCAAUUAUGUUAUAUCAAGGACACCUACUCAAGUGGCCAGCCAUGCUCAAAAGUAUUUCAUCAGGCAAACAAAUGUAUCUAGGAGAAAGAGACGCUCCAGCCUGUUUGAUAUUAUAGCAGAUGAAUUAGUUGAAACUCAGAUGGUACCGAGGGACUUCUUAUCUGUCAACCAGUCACAGGCUGAAACACAGAGCAAUCCUCCAUUGCCUACAACUCCUGCUUUGGACGAAGAAUGUGAAUCAAUGGACUCUAGCAACUCCAAUGAUGGAGAUCCUGUUCCUCCAAACCAAGAUAGUUCACAACCUCCCUACCCUUUGGUAUAUCCUGCUUAUUUCUCGCCGUUCUUCCCGUUUUCUUUUCCAUUUUGGCCGGGAUACACUACAGAGGCAACUAAGAAGGAGACACAUGAGGUCCUCAAGCCAACUGCAGUACAUUCGAAGAGCUCAAUCAAUGUAGAUGAGCUGGUUGGCAUGUCAAAACUGAGCUUAGGAGAAUCUAUUGGCCAUGCUGGUACAUCCUCUCUUUCAUUAAAACUACUAGAAGGGUCCUCUAGGCAGUCAGCAUUUCAUGCAAAUCCAGCAUCUGAGAGUACAAAUAUUAAUUCAAGCAGUAGCCCAAUCCAUGCAGUUUGAUGGGCAGCUUUUCCGAGCUUAAGUUAGCUCAAUGCUGGGGAGGGGGUCUGUACAAGUUACUUUUAAUACAAGACUAAUAAUGUGCAGUUUGGCUUGGUUUAGUUUAGUUUAUAUGGUGUUAAUUAACUGAAGUCAGUUCUUAGAUUGUAGGCCGUAGCAUCAUCUUAAAGAAGUUACUCGAAUAAUUAACAUUGUUUGUGUUUGACA